GGGGAGGCGGGGCGGAGGGGGCCCGGAAGGCGGCCGGAAGAAGCCGGAAUCCUGGCCAUGGCGGCUCCGGGCGCGCUGCUGGUGAUGGGCGUGAGCGGCUCGGGGAAAUCGACCGUGGGCGCCCUGCUGGCAUCCGAGCUAGGAUGGAAAUUCUACGACGCCGAUGACUAUCACCCAGAGGAAAAUCGAAUGAAAAUGGGAAAAGGGAUCCCGCUGAACGACCAGGACAGGAUUCCAUGGCUCUGCAAUUUACAUGACAUUUUACUAAGAGAUGUAGCUUCUGGACAGCAUGUGGUCCUGGCCUGUUCAGCUCUGAAGAAAGUGUACAGAGACAUCUUAAUACGAGGAAAAGAUGGUGCACCUCUCAAGUGUGAUCAGAUGGGGAAGGACAAACAGCCAGCUGAGGUGAAGCUCCUCGUGGUCUACCUGAGUGGGUCAUUUGACGUCAUCUCUAGACGCUUAGUCAAAAGAAAAGGACAUUUUAUGCCCCCUGAGUUACUGCAGUCCCAGUUUGAUACUCUGGAGCCCCCAUCAGCUCCAGAAAAUUUCAUCCAAAUCAAUGUGGACAAAAGUCUUUCAGAGAUUAUUGCUACGAUUAUGGAAACUCUUAAGAUAACAUGAGAAUUGUUUCAGAUCGGUGGUCCGGAACAACCAGGGAGAAAUCUCUAUCCCAUCUCAAACUGUGUUCUAGUAUCUUUGUCAGUACUGUAUUCUAGAUUCUUAAGGUGAGCAAACCAUAAUGUACAGAGAUAUGCGUGUUGGGGUGGGAUUUUAGGAAUCCGGGGUACUCCUGUCAUUGUGCUCUGGUACACUGGGAGGAGACAGGAGGGAACUUUGAAUGUAAAGCUUCACAGAAAUUCAAAUUCCUGUAACCUAAUCAAAUGAUCAGAGGGAAUUCUAUAAUCUAUGCUGUAAAUCAUGACCUUAUUUAGAACAUUCUUGAUCAUGUCUGUAUUUGGACCAAUAAAUGAAACUUGGCUCUCCUUGGCA